UGUUGUGAAUGUAGGCAACCCAAAUAACACAUUGAGGUUAUUCUUACAUCGCAAAACCCACAAAAUAUUCAAUUUUCUUUCAAAAUAAACGUUAGAAACAACAUAAAACAAUGUUCCCGGUUAGAAAAUGGUAAAAUGUACCUAAAACAGCUGCUCAGUUUCCUGCUGUUGCUGCUGUUCAUGAAGAAUCUCUACAAAAGUGUCAACCAAAUCUUCAGCUUCGAGUUUGACGAGCAAUAUCUCGAGUUUAUCAACGAUAGCAUCGCCAGAGAGAACUUUAGUUACUAUAGUUUUCACAACGAAGGUCGAUUUAAGCUUAAACUCAUCUCCACCUAUGGUGAUGCUGAUAUCUACAUAUCAUCUGAUAAGAAACCUGGUUAUGGACCUAAUGAGUACGAUAUUUCAUCCACAACAUGCGGUGUGGACAUAAUAGAGCUGAAUGAAGACAUUAAGAGACCUGCAUAUAUUGGCAUCUAUGGUGCAGGGCAUACAGACUGGUCAAAUUACACUUUGUUGAUUUUAAUUGAUAACAGUGGUGGAAAAGACCUCCACGACUUUAAUAUUAAGCAUAAGUUGAACUUUAUCAUUCGGUAUACGACAAUGUGGCGGUUUUUCGAGAUACUAGAAAGUAUUUUAUUGUGAUUUUGAGUAAAACUUAAAAUAAUCAUAGAAAUCUCAUUAGUUAUUAUGUACAAAUGAUAUACAAAGAUGUAGAAUUUAUUUCUACGCAGAUUAGUGAAGGAAUUUUUGAAAUAUCUUUAAAAUUGAAGGAGUUAUUAACAAAAAACUAAAAAAUUAUUAAAUUAACCUCAAAAAACAGAAUUUUGACAGGUGCAGGUUACAAAUUAAGUUUUUUUUUAUUGAUUGAAAGCAUUUUGGCACUUUUUAUUUAAUCUCUACUUGAAAAGACCAAUGAAUGUCCAAACAAUGUGAUAAUUUUCUUAUAUCUACUGGUAUAAGUUAAUAUAAUGUAUAAUUAUUGAUAA